AUGAAUAAAAAAGAAUUUAGAAAGCUAAAUGCUCAUAUAGAUAAAGAAGUCCUUAAUUUAACUGGUGGACUCUAUCCUGUAGGUCUUAUUACUCAAUAGAAACAAGUCGUUCAUUAAAAAUGGGCUCAAGAAGAAAUAUUAUUAAAUAAUUGCUUCAUCAAAAGAAUUAAUGCUUGGGUACCUGAAUAAGAAAAGGGUAAACUAUUUCCAGGUGAAAAGUUCAACAUUGAACCUGAAUUAGUUGAAUUUACAGAGAGUGAUAUUAUAGUUGAUGAGAAUUGGGAUUAUGAGGAAACUAAAUACUUGUUUCAAGAAUUAAGACAUUUUAAUUAUAACUUUGUCAUUCUCCAUGAUAGAUAUUAAUAUCCCAAUAAGAAUAGAGACAUCUAUUAAUUAAAAGAUAGAUAUUAUAGUGUUAUGAGAGAUAUCUUAUAAAAGAGGAAUUAGACAUCACAUCAGCUAUACAACUAUGUUUAUGAUGAAGAAUAUGAUAGAUUUAGAAAUAUGGAAUUAGAGAAAUAUUUAAAGAGGACAAAAUAAAUUUGUGAUGAUGAAAAAAGAAUAUAAGAAGAUCUUAGAAAAUUAGAUUAAUAAAUAAAAAAAUAAGAAAAAGAACAUCGUAGUAUCACCAGAUGUAUAGGUAGUGCUUAAGAAACUGAUGUAAUUUAUAUUAUAUAUAUAUUUAGGAAAUUGAUGAAACUAGAUUAUUAACUAUUUUUGAAGCUGGUCAGAGAAAUGAAGAUAUAAAAAAUAAAACUCAAUAGCAUCUUGUCUAUUUAAGAAAUAAGUGGGUUAAUGAAGCAUUGCCUAUCCCUAAUUCAGUCAAAGAUAAAUUAGAUAAAUAAUUAAAAGAUAUUAUUCCUCAAUCUCAAUUGGUCUUAAAUCAAGAAUUAGAGGCUUUGUAUUCAUAACUUAGAAAGUUUUAUUUAGAAGUCUUAAUUAAAUAAAGAUUAUAAAAAAAGAGAGAGGCCGAUAAAAAGUUAUUAGAAGAAAAAAUUAGAAAACUUAAAGCAUAAUUUGAUUCUUAACCUGCCAGUGAUAUUAAAUAAAAAAAAUGA